GAAUUGUUGUACAGCAUUAUUUGAGGGGCAUGCGCCGAUCGGGCGAAAGAACGGGCGGGAGAAUAUGGGAUAUAAAAGGAACUUGGUCGCUCGAUUCCCGUUCUAAUUUCCAAAAGCUCGAAGUCGCCGAAUGGGAAGUAAAAUCCAACGAUUUUUCAACAGUGUCUGAAAUCAGGGUGUCGAAAUCGCGAUGGAAACGAGCCAGUGAAAAAGCAUCGAAUUCAUCGGCAGGCAAGAGAACGAACAUGAUGCUCUUCGCGCUUCUUUUCCCUUUUGUUCGUAUCCUUUUCGCUUCGGGAUUCGAACAGGACAAGGAUAAUCUUAUCGGCGGAUCGAACGCGAUCAAAAAUUACCCGCAGGACGAGAGAGCAGCGAAUUUUUUGAAUAAAAUGAACGACGAAUUGCUAGUUUUGAACCGGGCGAGCGCAGCUUUGGAAUGGCAAGGUGCGACGUUUCCGUCGCCACAAGUUUCGAGUUUGAACGGAAAAAUGUCACGAUUUAAAACUACCUGGCGCAACGCAUGGUGUUCCAAACUGGAGAGGAAACUAGGUUCUAAGAACCUCGGAUUUUCCGGGACAAGAAUGAUACGACUACUCUGCAGGGGGCCGAAGUACACCCCUUAUCAGGCAAGGGCUUUGACGAGCGUUUUUGAAAAACUUUCAUCGAGCUACGCGAACUCCAGGGUUUGCAGAACGGAGGGGAAUUUUUUGACAAAAUGUUAUCACGGAGAACCCGAUCUGGAGAGAUUGUUCAUGAAUUCGAGAAACGAGAGCGAACUUCGUUGGGCUUGGACUUCGUGGCGAAACGAAAUGAGCAAAGUAAGAGGUCUGUUCUCGACAUCCGUGACUCUGCAAAAUCUGGGGGCUCGAAAUAACGGGUACCGGGAUAUCGGUGAAUGUUGGCGUGAGGAAUUAGAAAUUCCUAAUUUAGAAGAUUUAAUAGACAAUUUAUACGGUCGGAUCGAACCCCUUUAUGAACUUCUUCAUGCCGUUGCCAGAUUCAGAUUGGCUGAAAAAUAUCCAGAUAUCGUCGAUCCUGAAGGACCCAUACCAGCUCAUCUCCUAGGGAACAUGUGGGCUCAAAAUUGGGAAUCACUUAUGGAAAUUAUUUGGCCGAAGUCUGACGGGGGUCAGGAAUACGUAACGGAAGCAUUGAUAAAAAAAAAUUUUACUCUCCUCGACAUGGUGAAAAGAGCGGAGGACUUUUACGUAUCCAUGGGUUUCCCAUCCCUCACUACUGAAUUCUGGAAAAAUUCAAUUUUCGAAAAAGGAAAUAACUCAAAACUCGCAUGCCAUGGAACUGCGGCAAAUAUGUAUCGAGACGACGAUUACAGAAUUCUGAUGUGUGCCCAGGUGAGCGCCGAAGAUUUUUACGUCGUGCAUCACGAACUCGGUCACAUUCAAUAUUACAUGGCGUACAAAAACCAGCCAGCAAUAUUCAUGGACGGUGCUAGUUCUGCUUUCCACGAAGCCGUCGGAGACGCUAUAAUGUACGGUGUAACGACACCACAGCAUUUGCAAAGAUUAGGACUCAUUCCGGACUCGCCCCCGGAAAACGAUCUCGCGUUUCUCCUGAGACAAGCCCUUUCGAAAAUACCGCAGAUCCCUCACGCACUUUUGGUGGAUAAAUGGCGAUGGAAUGUUUUCAAUGGAAAUAUAAAACCAUCAGAUUAUAACGAGGCGUGGUGGGCAAUCGCUAAACGUUAUCAGGGAAUAAAACCUCCGACGCCUCGCCCCGACAAUUAUUUCGAUCCAGCAGCGAAGUAUCACGUUACAGACAAUACCCCAUACAUUAGGUAUUUUCUCGGCUACAUAUUGCAAGUGCAGCUUUUCAAAGGAAUGUGUGAGGCAGCUGUGACCGGAAAAGUUGGUGACCCAAACUUCGAAAUUCCGCUUCACAGAUGCGAUAUAUACGGCUCGAAAACUGCUGGAAAAAAAUUAAAACAGCUCAUGGAACUUGGAAGUAGUGUCAAUUGGAAAUACGCGCUGUAUAUGGCGACUGGUGUAAUGACCUACGAAGUUGAACCUCUACUUCAAUAUUACAAGCCGAUUUACAGUUGGCUUGAACUACAAGUAAAAUAUUAUAACAUUCCUGUCGGCUGGGAUAAGAAAAUUGAUAAAAUUAUUUAAUGUAUAUUUUUCCAAAAAACAUAUCAACGCUCGAUGCCAAUUUUAUUACAACGCAACCGAGCGCGAUGUUUCGUAAAAUGUAGCCUGCGAAAAUAAAAAAUUAUCAACAAC